AUGAUUUCAUUUCAUUUUCUAACCACUUUUAGAAAGGUAAAACCUUCUGUUCUCUUCAUCAUUAUGCUGUCUGCACCCAUCCCCAACGAUACUGCCUUCCAUCCUUCUGCAUUUAUUCUACUUGGAAUCCCUGGGAUGCAAGAGCAGCACGUUUGGGCAGCCAUCCCCUUCUGCUUCUUGUACAUCCUUGCUCUGGUUGACAACGGCACCAUCCUCUACAUCAUCAUGACAGAUAGGACUCUGCGUGAGCCCAUGUACCUCUUCCUGGGCCUGCUGUCUGCCACUGACCUGGUGCUCUGUUCGACCACAUUGCCCAAAAUGCUAACCAUCUUCUGGCUUCAGUCCCACGUAAUUUCCUAUCAUGGCUGCCUCACGCAGAUGUUUUUUGUUCAUACAGUCUUUGCCACAGAGUCAGCUGUCCUUCUGGCCAUGGCUUUCGACCGCUACGUGGCUAUCUGCCAUCCGCUUCACUAUACAUCCAUCCUCAAUGCCAUGGUGAUUGGGAGGAUCGGUCUGGCAUGUGUGGUCCGUGGCCUUCUCUUUGUUUUCCCUUUUGUCAUCCUCAUUGAGCGCUUACCCUUCUGUGGACACCACAUCAUCCCCCACACCUACUGUGAGCACAUGGUCAUCGCCAAGCUGGCCUGUGCCAACAUCAAGCCCAACACCAUCUAUGGCCUCACCGUGGCGCUUUCAGUCACUGGCACAGAUGUGAUCCUUAUCGCCACCUCCUACUGCCUGAUCCUGCGGGCCGUGCUGCACCUGCCCUCCAAAGACACCCAACUCCGAGCAUUUAGCACUUGUGGAGCCCACAUUUGUGUGAUUCUUGUCUUCUAUGUACCUGCCUUUUUUUCCUUUUUCACCCACCGUUUUGGCCACCAGGUGCCUCCUCAUGUCCACAUUGUACUAGCAAAUCUCUAUCUCCUUGUACCUCCAGUUCUCAACCCCCUGGUGUAUGGAAUUAAUGCCAGACAGAUCCGCCUGAGAAUAUUUGGCUUUUUAAUGGGGAGGAGGUAG